AUGAUGUGGACGAAGACCUUCAGUUUGGAAGACGGAGAGAUCUUCGAAGAAGGAGCGGCCCCGAAGCCGACGAUGCAGGCUCAGCAGGCAAUGAUGCGAGAGAACCGACCGGGCCAGCUUGACGCAUACCCCAUGGACGCGAUGGGUAUACGUCCUCACCAGCGUGUCAAGAAGCAGAAAAAGCGCGGCAAGAAAAAGAGCAAACGGAAACUGGAGGCGAUGCAGAUGAUGCAUACCCCACCAGGAGAAAUAAUACCUGAUUUUGAGCGAGCAACUCGUCGGCGACCGUUUGCAGAAGGUCCGCCACCAGGACAAUACACGCUUGCGAUGAUGCGGAACGAUCCAAGAAGCAACGUGAUGAAUAUUCGUCCUGUUUUCCAAGAUCCACCUCCAGCCCCUUUUCAACCAGGACACAGCCAAAUUUUGCGAGUGAACCGUCAAGGAGGUAUGGAAAUGCUUGACCCAUGCCAGGUAUACCGAGUCAUCAAUUGCAGCGAUCUGUAA